UUAUCGUCUUUCAGUCUUAGGUAAAGUCCUGUCCAAAUAUAUCCAUAAGACUCCUGCAAUCCCUCUGUUCCACAAGAGACUCAGCUUCUGACUCGUGUUGCUAACAAAGUUUUCCACACCCACCAAUUCCCACAAUGAAAAUGGGAUUUCUCUAUACCUCCCUGCUCUCUCAACCCAUGGCAAUGCCUCUCCUCUUUAUAGCACUAGCGUUGUCAUUUCUUCCCCACACACAAUCCAAGCUCAGCGCCGCUUACUACGACAAAACAUGCCCUCUGUUCAAACCCAUUAUGCGGGAGAUCAUAAGCACCAAGCAAAUCAACGACCCCACCACAGCUGCCGCCACUCUCCGCCUCUUCUUCCACGACUGCAUGGUCGAAGGCUGCGACGCCUCCGUCCUCAUCUCCUCCAACUCCUUCAACACCGCCGAGCGCGACGCCGACAUCAACCUUUCCCUCCCAGGCGACUCCUUCGACCUCAUCACCCGCGCCAAAAUCGCCAUCGAGGUCCAGUGUCCCGGCAUUGUCUCCUGCGCCGACAUCCUCGCCAUCGCCACCCGUGAUCUCAUCGUCAUGGUCGGCGGCCCCUACUACGAGGUUCGCCUCGGCAGAAAAGACGGCUUCAUUUCUAAGGCGUCUCGAGUGGACGGCAACCUAGCCACAUCUUCCAUGUCUGUAUCUGAAAUGCUCUCUCUUUUCGAGUCCAAAGGAUUCACAGCGCAAGAAAUGGUGGCCUUGACUGGUGCACAUACCAUUGGCUUCUCCCACUGUAAGGAGUUCAGCCACCGGCUCUACAACUUCAGCAAAACUUCUGAGUUCGAUCCAACCUACAACCCUAAAUAUGCAGAAGCCUUGAGAAAGCUCUGCGCAAAGUACACUUCGAACACAGCAAUGGCGGCCUUCAACGAUGUGGUGACGCCCAGCAAAUUCGACAAUAUGUAUUACUUAAAUUUGAAAAGGGGGUUGGGGCUAUUGAGUACGGACCACGCUCUGUAUUUGGAUUCCAGGACAAGGCCCUACGUAGAUCUAUAUGCAGCGAACCAGACAGCCUUUUUUCAAGCCUUUGCUCAUGCAAUGGAGAAGGUGAGUGUUCAUAAAAUUAAAACUGGAAGGAAGGGAGAGGUCCGGCGCAGAUGCGAUUCUUUCAACAAUAUUAAGACUUCCUGAAAACCCACAACAAAUGAGACAACAAAAUAUGGUGAUCCUUUGCACCAUGUAUUCUAUGAGCUACUCCUUUGUCCUUUUCUUACCAUUUUCUUUUGACCUUAUUCCCUGAAGAUCAUGGUUUUCUUCUAAAUCUCAUCCACAUCAGCCCGCGAAAAAAGGAAAAGGUUCAGUUAUAAUAUACCUACCCUCUGCAACAGUUUCUCAAGAGAGCGGGAAUUUUGGCUCAA